CCCCCUCCGACUGUCAACAUCUUGCACUGAUGAACGCUAGGCAGGUGAGGGGAGCCCAGCUAUACUAGUUACUUUCUUCGAGUCAAUCCUGAGUUACCAUUGGGGAGAGUUGACCUGCUCUCCUCCAUCCUGACCUUCCCCCUGUUACGGCCAUUCGCUUACAACACUUGAUCACAAUGGCUUCGUUCCUGGAAAAUGCAUACAGUCUGGUCCACUUGGACAACACUGCAGAUCAGCCCUCGUUGCAGGACCUGAAGUUGCAGUUGGAGAAGGGUACCGAUGAGACCAAGAUGGACACUAUGAGGCGGAUCAUCACGAUCAUGCUCAAUGGAGACCCGAUGCCACAGUUGCUCAUGCACAUUAUUCGCUUCGUCAUGCCGUCCCGAAGCAAGUCUCUCAAGAAACUGCUUUACUUCUAUUACGAAAUUUGCCCGAAACUCGAUGCCAAUGGCAAACUCAAGCAAGAGAUGAUCUUGGUCUGUAACGGCAUUCGCAAUGACCUUCAGCAUCCCAACGAGUAUAUCCGAGGCAAUACACUUCGUUUCCUAUGCAAACUCCGUGAGCCGGAACUCAUCGAACCCCUACUCUCGUCCGCACGCUCGUGCUUGGAGCACCGCCACGCAUACGUGAGAAAGAACGCCGUUUGGGCGGUCGCUUCUAUCUUCCAGCACUCCGAGUCCCUGAUUCCAGAUGCUCCCGAACUCAUCCAGACCUUCCUCGAAACCGAAACCGACGGCACCUGCAAGCGCAAUGCCUUCGCGGCCCUCAUGUCCAUCAGCCAUCAGAAGGCUUUGGAGUACCUCGCUUCCACUUUUGACGGCAUUCCCAAUACUGAUGAACUGCUUCAAUUGGCCGAGCUUGAGUUUAUCCGCAAAGAUGCCGUGCAGAACGCUCAGAACAAGGCGAAAUAUCUGCGUUUGAUCUUCGACCUUCUGGACGCCUCCACGAGUACAGUUAUUUAUGAGGCUGCGACAUCGCUCACAGCGCUCACCAGCAACCCGGUGGCCGUGAAAGCUGCGGCAGGCAAGUUGAUUGAACUUUGCAUCAAAGAGGCCGACAACAAUGUCAAGCUUAUUGUUCUCGACCGCGUCGAUCAGCUGCGCAUUCGUAACGAGGGUGUUCUAGAUGAUCUGACUAUGGAAAUUCUACGUGUUCUGUCCAGCCCAGACAUUGACGUUCGCCGGAAGGCACUUAGCAUUGCUUUGGAGAUGGUGUCAAGCAAGAAUGUUGAGGAGAUUGUCAUGCUGCUGAAGAAGGAGCUCGCAAAGACCGUCGAUGAACAAUACGAAAAGAACAGCGAAUACCGCCAGCUGCUGAUUCAGUCGAUACACAACUGCGCCAUUCGUUUCUCAGAGAUCGCUGCAAGCGUUGUCGACCUUCUGAUGGACUUCAUUGCAGACUUCAACAACAACUCCGCUGUCGACGUGAUCUCGUUCGUGAAGGAAGUCGUGGAGAAGUUCCCCGCCCUCAGACACUCCAUCGUCGACCGGUUGGUCUCGACCUUGAGCGAAGUCCGUGCCGGCAAGGUCUACCGAGGCGUUCUGUGGGUAGUUGGUGAAUAUUCCCUGGAGGAGAGGGACAUUCGUGAAGCAUGGAAGCGGAUUAGAGCAAGCCUGGGCGAAAUCCCCAUUCUCGCCUCGGAACAACGUCUCCUUGACGAGGUACCGGAAGAUGCUACUUUCAAGGAUCAACCGAAUGGUCAUAGCAAGCCCUCUGCUCCGACCGGAUCGCGCAAGGUGCUGGCUGAUGGCACGUAUGCCACUGAGAGUGCGCUCACGAGCCAAUCGGCCGCUGCUGCCCGUCUCGAGGCCGUCAAGGCUGCGCAGAAGCCUCCUCUUCGUCAGUUGAUUCUGGACGGUGACUACUACCUCGCGACUGUUCUCUCUUCCACCCUCACCAAAUUGGUCAUGCGCCACUCGGAAGUCUCCCAGGAUACCGCGCGUACGAACGCUUUACGGGCCGAGGCUAUGCUCAUCAUGAUCUCUAUCAUCCGUGUUGGCCAGUCUCACUUCGUGAAAGCACCCAUUGAUGAGGACUCGGUAGAUCGCAUUAUGUGCUGCGUGCGCUCGCUUGCUGAGUUCUCCGAGAAGAAGGAGCUGGAGACCACCUUCCUGGAAGAUACUCGGAAAGCUUUCCGCGCCAUGGUCCAGGUUGAGGAUAGGAAGAGGGCUGCUAAGGAGGCUGUUGAGAAGGCCAAGACUGCUGUGCAAGUUGACGAUGCUAUUCCAAUCCGACAAUUCACAAAGAAGGCGGCUCUCCAGGGUGCGGAGGAGAUUGAACUGGAUCUCGCCAAGGCCACUGGUGGUGACUCGACAGUGGAGACUGUCUCAUCGAAGCUGAGCCGGGUUGUCCAGCUGACCGGGUUCUCGGAUGCCGUCUACGCCGAAGCCUACGUUACAGUCCACCAGUUUGAUAUUGUUCUGGAUGUACUGUUGGUCAACCAGACUCUGGAGACGCUACAGAAUCUCAGCGUUGAAUUCGCAACUCUUGGAGAUCUCAAGGUUGUCGAGCGACCUACUACACACAACCUGGGACCCCGCGACUUCUUGAACGUGCAGGCUACAGUCAAGGUGUCGUCGACGGAUACGGGUGUGAUCUUUGGCAACAUUGUCUACGAUGGAGCGAGCUCAACGGAGACGCACGUUGUGAUCUUGAAUGACAUCCAUGCCGACAUCAUGGACUACAUUCAACCUGCGCACUGCACUGAGACCCAGUUCCGUACCAUGUGGACAGAAUUUGAGUGGGAGAACAAGGUAAACAUUAACUCCAAGGCGAAGAGCCUUCGAGAGUUCCUCAAGCAGCUCAUGGAAAGCACCAACAUGGCCUGCUUGACUCCCGAGGCGUCCCUCAAGGGCGACUGUCGGUUCCUGAGCGCCAAUCUAUAUGCCCGGAGCGUAUUUGGCGAGGACGCUCUGGCGAACCUGAGUAUUGAGAAGGAGGGCGAAGAUGGACCGAUCACCGGUUUUGUGCGGAUAAGAAGUCGUUCCCAGGGACUGGCCCUGAGCCUGGGGUCCCUGAAGGGCCUCAAGGCAUCCGCUGCAUGAAUCAAGUGUUGCCUUUGAAACGUAAUUGAAUAGCCAUUACCCUGUUGUUGCCGGACCACGGAUUUAUUUGAACCAAUGCACCUAUUCUCUCUUCUGUGUUCUUCUCAUGGUACGGAUUUUGUUGAUUAUAAUGCCCUCUUCCUGUGUUGUAUUGGACGAGAAAAGACUUGAUUCCUCAAUGCAAGAUUUCUAGAAUUCCGCGC